AUGAUCCGGUUCUUGGGUCGCUGCAGGGUCGUGACCCCGCUGCCCGCACUCCCCACCCCCACCCCCCCGCGGCAGUUGGCUGGACGCGCGGCCUGUGGCGGCGGCGGCGGCAGCAGCGGCGGCUCCCAGGUCUCCGGGGAAGGCGGCUCCAUGCGGCCCGGGCCCGCGCUCCUCUUCCUGGGCCUGGGCCUGAGCCUGGGCCUGGGCCUGGGCCUGCACCUGGGCCUCGGCCUGGGCCUGCACCUGGACCGCGGCGGCCUCCCGCAGCCUCCGGCCCCUCCCCGGGCCCCGGCCGCCGUCUUGCUCCCCGGGCGGCACGGAGCCGGGACCCGCGGCCCUGCGCAGGGAGACGCGGCCGCGCUGCGCACCUGGAGGGGCGCCCUGGGCCCCGGGGAGCCGACCGGCAGCGCCCGCCUCCGCCUGCGGCCCCGCGGGGCCUGGCCUGGCACCGGCCGCUGCUGCCUGCCCCGCAGCCCCGCGCGCCGCCUGUGCGUCCAGGUGCGCGCCCUGCUGCGCGCCCACCUGGCCUCGGCACCCGCGCGGGUGCACCUGCAGCCGUGCACCUUUGGGCCGCAGCUGGGCUGGGCCUCGGCCCCGAGGCGCCUCCGCCGAGCGGCCCCCGAGCCGGCCACCGACGGCCCGCGUCCCUACCCCAGCCUCGUGGCCAAGACCAGGUGCCCCACGGACGGGCCCACCACGCCUGUUGCUCUAGAAGCUGUCAACUUGGCCGGGCCCGCAGCCGGCGAGUCUUCGGUGCCCUGCAAGUUACUGGCACAGGAGCCCUGCAUUGUCCCCGAGGUAAAGAUCACUAGGAACCAAGAAGGUGUUCCUAUGCUGGUGAAGAGGAACAAAGAGGGCAUCCUCAACGUCACUUUUAAGUACUACUGCCCGGCCACCUCAUAUAUUCUUCCACAGUGGCAAGUCUUUUCCGUUUCCUCCGCAUCUGAGGUACCAGACUGGAGUAACCCUUUGGAUGUACCAGAGCUGCAAUCGGGGAUAAAUCCCGUAUAUCUGUAUAUCCCCCCAAAGUCUUUAGCUUGGGGGAUGUAUGUGUUUAAUUUCUCACUGAUCUUUUACGUAGAGAGAAACAGAACAAUUGCGGCAGUGGGCUCGGAUAUCAUCUAUGUUAACAUCACCAAAAGUGACCUACAGGCAGUCAUUGCUGAGAAUCCCAACAUAACGAUUAACUUCACAGACACGCUUCUUCUGAAUGGAUCAGGUUCCUCUGACCCCGACUCUGACAAUCCUUUAGAGGGACUCAUUUUCUCUUGGUACUGUACCACAGAGCCAAAACAGUACCGGGGAGAUAAAAUCACAGUGAUGAGCAACAAAGUCUGUUUCCCACAUUAUACUAAUCUGAGGUGGCCAAGGGCCUCUGGCCCUGUCUUAACAAUUCCACCAGGAACACUUAAAGGUGGAGGUGUCUAUUUUUUCAGACUGGUGAUCCGAAAGGGUGGUAGGAAAGGCUUUGUCGACAGAACGGUACACGUGCUCAAAGGACCUGCACCUGUAGCCAGCAUUUCAUGCAUUGAAAAUUGUGAUGCGGUUUUGGUUAUUUCGGAUAGAUUUUCUUUGUUUCUAAAUUGUACGAAUUGUUCAUCAAGUCUUGAUCUCUAUGAAUGGUCACUUCUGUCGUCUAACGGUAGUCAGGUACCAUUUGAUUGGGUGAGACACACCACAACAGGGAAGACUAGUGCUUAUUUGACUCUUAAAGCUUUUGUUUUUAGGAAUUUUUCUGAAGCUCAGUUUUGGAUUUCUGGGCAUAUAGCAAGUUGGAGUGGGCAUGACUUGCAUUUCAGGCACUCCUUUAUUAUUAACCGUGUCCCUCAAAUUGGACACUGCACCAUUGAUCCACCUAAAGGAGUUUCAUUUAUUACCAAGUUUGUCAUCCAAUGUCAGAAUUUUAAGGACAAUAACAUCCCUCUUACAUACAAAAUAAUUGUUUCUGAUUUGCAUGGGUUUGGUCAGAUCAGUUCUGUAAAAGAGAACAGUUUGGGGGCCAUCCUGUAUUUGGGGAAUCAGUCCACAGCACCCCCUUCCUUUCUCCCUGUUGGCAUGUUGGCGAAUCAUUAUGCCAUGAAGAUAUACGUUCAGGUGUAUGACUCUCUAGGAGCUUUUUCUCAGGUGACUUUGUACUCCACUGUACACUCUCCAACGGACGAAUUUUCAGCAAAGGAUGUGCUCGACCAGUUAUUCAAUUUCACCAUGGGAACGAAUUCAUCACUAUCUGCUUUGCUUCGAAACAGGGAAUUUUUACCUGCAGGUUAUUUAAUAUUUAUCGCAGCUUCUGUCUUGAACAGCUUAAAACCUGAAUUGACUUUGCAAGCUGACAAAGCCAGACUCCAAGAAUACCUUGUCAACCAGACUUUCGUUCUUCCCAAUAGCACUUUGGUGGAAAUUAGCCAAGUGGUCAUGAGCAUUGCUAAAUUAACUCAGACCACCUCUGGAUGCACCCUAAUGACUCAGAAGCUUGCCACGGUGAGGAUCUGGCAAGCAAACCAAGCCCUACAACAGUCUCGACAGAGGGAUGCACACCGCCACUCUGAGCAAAUAGAGAUCAUGAGCACUGGGAUAUUAACAACCUUGUCUAACAUCAUUAAAAUGAUUGUUAACUAUGAAGUGGUUGACGAGCCUUUCUACGAGAUGGAACUCCUAGCAGACACAAUACUGGACAGCAAAGUGCCGGGGAAUGAGACCACUGCGCUGACGGCUUCCAGCUUAAACAUGUACCUCAGAAAGACCGAGAAGUGGGAUGUCACCAAUGCCUUCGGCAAUAAGCUAACCAGUCGAAAUUACUUUAACCCGACGCUCAACGUGAGCAGUGUUCCUAGUCUGCCUGCAAAUGCCCCAAUUUCCAUCAUGUUUUGUGAGUUUGUAGACGAUCCCUUUCCUUGGCUGAAGUAUCAGGAAAACUACUCUGUGGAGGUGGUUGGAUUCAGAAUGACAGGAACCACACCAAGUGGCAGUGUGACAGAGAUCGUGCCUGACAUAGCGGAAGUGUACAUCACCAGAAAAAACUUGAGCUUUGCGGCUUUUAAUCUCACCAUGGGCCCCAGCAAUGAGCCUGGUAAAGUCGAGGAGUCCUUGAAAAGGACAACAGGGGAGUUUAGCUUUGAGGUGGACAGCAGUGUAGUCAAGGAGGUGCUGGUUCACAUUGUGACGGAAGUGACCGUGAUUUUCACCGUACUGGUAUAUGCCGGCAGUCAAAUCACCCCCAGUGCUCUGGUCGCCACCUUCUUCGUGCCCUAUGACAUCCCUCCUGUGGCCAACCAAAGUGACCUGUUUGACUCAGCCUGUACGGUUAAGGAGGCCCGCGUGGUUUGCAUUCCACCGUCCCUGCUGCAAGUCAUAGCUCAGCGAAGCGGCUCGACCGAGUGUGCCAUGAUCAUAGUUCUGCAGGCGCCUCGUUUCGUCAUGGUACCCAGUGUAAAGCUGGUGAGAAUUGCUCUCUUCGGUGCUUACUGCUUAGACAUGUAUGGGAUCCAGAGUGAUUGGAGAGAAGAUACCUGUGUUCUCGGAGAGAAGACCACCUGGCGCCGAGUGCACUGCAUCUGCAAACACUCAGGGAGGGCCCGGCGGCAGCUGGACGCAAUAAGAAAAGCCGGCAAGCACCUGCAAACCCACUUUUUGACGGCCAAGGUGAUCGUGAUCCCUAAUGCCGUAGAUCUGCGGUUGGAGGUCAUCAAGAACGUUACCCAGAACCCUGUGACACUCUUCACUGUACUUUUCAUUAUGCUCAUGUACCUAAUUCUAGCUUUCUGGGCCUUGCAUCGGGAUGGAAUGGAUCGGUUUCUUCGGCAUCAAGUGAUAAUUAUACUCGAUAAUGAUCCUUAUGAUAAGGUAUGUUACCUCAUCACUAUUUUUACGGGAAGCCGUUGUAGGUCUGGGACCAGGGCCAAUGUCUUCAUCCAACUUAAGGGAACCGAAGGUGACAGCGAUGUGCAUUGUUUGAGCCAUCCAUAUUUUACAACCCUCCGCCGGGGAAACAUCAACUCUUUCCUCCUAACCACGAAAAGUGACCUGGGAGACAUCCAUUCCAUUCGUGUGUGGCACAACAAUGAGGGCAGAGCUCCCAGUUGGUAUCUGAGCAGAAUCAAAGUGGAAAACGUGUUCAGCAGACAAAUCUGGCUGUUCAUGUGCCGAAGAUGGUUUUCUAUUGACACCUCUUUGGACAGAACAUUUCCUGUGACCCACCCAGACCAGCCUCUGAACAAAAUGGACUUUUUCCUGAUAGAUUCGAUAUACAAGCUGGGGAGAAAUCACACGUGGUUCUCUAUUUUCUCUAGUGUCGUGGCCAGGCCAUUCAAUAGGCUGCAGAGACUGUCCUGCUGUUUGGCGAUGCUCAUGGCGUCCCUUCUGUGCAAUAUCAUGUUCUUUAAUCUCAAUCCAGAAGAUGAAACGGAGCCGGAGGAGAGAAGGUACAUCAGGUCAAUGAUGAUAGGCCUGGAAAGUGUCUUAAUUACAAUCCCGGUGCAACUAUUGGUCGAUUUUCUGUUCACCUACUCCCAGAGGGAACCUCGUGUGGCUCUAGAAGAGUCAGCUCCCCGGAAGAAUUCUUUGGUGCCAACGAGCGAACACUGGGAGGAAUAUCUGGAAAAGUGGCAUGCUCUGGAAAUGGUGGACGCACAGACCAAGGUGGCUUUGAAGCUGCCACCCGGGAAAAGCGCCAGACCUCAGGAGGCUUCGGCCAAGGACCCCCCCGUGGCACUGCACCCGCAUAAGAAAGGACAGAGCAAGGUCUCAGGCCCCCAGAAGAAAAAAACCAAAGCCAGUAACCAGAACGCAAAAGACAAUAAAAAUCAAAAUGCCCAACCUGUCACUAUGACAGAGCCGUCUCUGAUAGUGAGCCAUCACCUCGAAAUUGACAAGAAGUGCAGGGUCAAUCUGCCUUGGUAUUGCGUGUACCUAGCGUGGGUCCUGAUUUUCAUCACGUCCAGCAUAGCUUCCUUCUUCAUUGUGUUUUAUGGGCUGACCUAUGGCUAUGAUAAGUCGAUAGAAUGGCUCUUUGCAUCGUUCUGUUCCUUCUGUCUGUCCGUCUUUCUGGUGCAGCCGUCUAAAAUCGUAUUCUUGUCAGCCCUCAGAGGAAAUUGGCGCAAGUACUGUAAAAAUCUCUCGUGGACAAGCGGGUACUGCUACACCGAGAUCAAGCUGCACAGCAGGAGCUUCAGCCCCGAAGAACUGGAGAAGCGACACGAGCAGAUCCUGCAGCUCCGAAACUCCAGGAUGUACCAGCCUCUGACCGAAGACGAAAUCAGAAUAUUCCAAAGAAAGAAGAGAAUCAAGAGGAGGGCGUUCCUGUUUCUGAGUUACAUCCUGACUCACUUCAUCUUUCUCGCCCUCCUGCUGAGUCUCCUUGCCCUCCUGCGCCACACAGACAGCUUCUACUAUAACCAGUUCAUUCGCGAUCAGUUCUCCGUGGAUCUCAGCUCGGUGACCAAGCUGGCAGACAUCUACAGGUGGCUGAACAGCGUGCUGGUGCCUCUGUUCCACAACGAACAGGAUCCAACAUAUCUACCCGAUAGCUCCUCUAAAAUCCUGGGUCUCCCCCUGCUGAGGCAGGUGAGGGCAAAACCUGGUGACAAACUCUGCCCGCCUGCCAAAAGCUUUGCGCACACUGGCAUGGAGCAAGAGAUCCGCUGUCAUCCCAGCUAUGGCACCGACCUGGAAGACACGAGAAACUACACUGACCUUUGGAAUACAGUGACUAAGAGGGCAGUGGACAAGAAUACCAACGGGUUUACCUACAAGCCCCCAGAGAAGGUGUGGGCAUAUUUCUCCCAUGGACUCUUACACACCUAUGGGUCCGGAGGCUACGCCUUCUAUUUUUUCCCCAAGCAGCAGCAGUUUAAUUCCACGGUGAGGCUCAGGAACCUGCAGAGCAGCAACUGGCUUGACGAGAAGACAUGGGCCGUGCUUCUGGAGCUGACCACCUUCAACCCAGACAUCAGCCUGUUCUGUAGCAUUUCGGUCAUUUUCGAGGUGUCUCAGUUAGGAGUUGUAAACACAAGCAUAUCCGUGCACUCCUUUUCGCUUGCUGACUUCAACAGGGAAACUUCAGCCGAAAUCUACUUGUAUGUGGCCAUUCUCAUCUUUUUUUUAGCCUACGUUUUCGACGAGGUCUACGUCAUCUUGCAAGAAAGGGCCUCCUACGUGAGAAGCGUGUACAAUCUGCUCAACUUUGCUUUAAAAUGCAUAUUUACCGUGCUCAUCGUGCUUUUCUUCCAGAAGAACUUCUUGGCCACUGGCAUAAUCCGGUCUUACUUGUCGAACCCUGACGAUUUCAUUCCCUUUCAUUCGGUUUCUCAAGUAGAUCACGUCAUGAGGAUCAUUUUGGGUUUCCUGUUAUUUCUGACCAUCUUGAAGACCCUCAGGUAUUCCAGAUUCUUUUACGAUGUGCGCUUGGCCCAGAGGGCCAUUCAGACUGCCCUUCCUGGCAUUUGCCACAUGGCGCUUGUGGUGUCCGUGUACUGCUUCGUGUACAUGGCCUUUGGCUACCUGGUGUUCGGUCAACACGAGUGGAACUACAGCAACUUGGUUCACGCCACACAGACAAUAUUUUCCUAUUGCGUCUCAGCAUUUCAGAACACGGAAUUCUCCAACAACAGGGUUCUGGGGGUCCUGUUCCUCUCAUCUUUCAUGCUGGUGAUGAUCUGCAUACUGAUCAACUUAUUUCAGGCAGUGAUUUUGUCUGCCUAUGAGGAAAUGAAGCAGCCCGUGUAUGAGGAACCGUCAGACGAAGCGGAAGCCAUGACCUAUCUGUGUCGCAAGCUGAGAGCUAUAUUUAGGUUUCUGACCUUCCAACCUAAGGACGAAGAUGAACCAGAGUUCUUUGUUGACAUGCUGUAUGGACAGCCAGAGAAGAACAGCCGCCGGUAUCUGGGGCUGAAGACCAGAAACAUUAAUGGGAAGAAAAUGGUUUAUCUUGUUGUGUGAUGAGUGACAGGGUUGAGAACCAAGGGCAAGAGUUCCCCCAGAUGCUCAUUCUGUGGGUAUAGGUAAUGUUCAGUGGCUCAGUGGUGCUCUCUACCCAUGCCCUUCAAAAUGCACACCCCUACUUUUGGAAGUGUCUCCACUUUUGGCCUCUGCUCUUGAGUGUUGGAAUGUAGGGCAGUUCUGCGACAUGGGAGCCAGGGGCUAAUUCCUCCUCUAUAGGGGAAUUAGGUGUCUUGGGAGCCCAUAGCAGGUUAGAGUAUUAGAGACCCAGAGCUGAGAGAGAGAGAGAACUCAAGCCCCCCCUCCCCCGCCCCCCGCCGCCUCCACCUUACCAGGGCAAAGCAUUCUCCCUGGGACUGAGAGCCAAGAGCUUGUGGCUCAUCAGCCCCUCUAGGAGUUCCUUUUCCAGAUCUGGAGCACCCUUCCCAGCACUGCCCCCACCAGGCCUCCCCUCUUCCACACCCCCAACACAAUCCAGCUGGGCCAGGCCUGGAGGGACCUUGUGGGGAAUUCCGAGAUUUGUGCUCCUGCUUUUGAAUUCAAGGAUGGGCGCUGAGGGUCAGCAGCUUCCCAUCUACUCCUUAGGGCUAUUGCAAGUUAAAGGUGUAAAAUUUAAUAACAUAUUCCAGUCAUUAGACAUGAAUUUUGUUAAACAACAAAAAAACAUGUGUGGGGUGGGGGGGGAAGGAGUGGGUUCAUGUUGAAAGAUAGUAAACGUUCUAUAUGUUGACUAAAACAGUAUAUCCAUCCAGGACUUGGGCUUUGGGUUAUUAACAGCAUGGUGGAUUAUUUCCGAAUAAUACAGAAAAUGUGUUUUUUUGUUUGUUUGUUUGUUUAAGAGAAAUAUGGGCUCAUAAUUCUUAUUGUUCUGCCCAGAAGCAUGUUCAUUUAUGUAGAUGCCACUUUAAACUUUAUCAGAAUUAAAUGUGAGAUUUCUUCUGUGA